AUGCGCUCCUGCCCCGGCGAGGAAACGGCUGUGGCGGUGGCAGGAGCUGCCCGGCGUGCGCGGGGCCCUGCCCGUCCCCGCGGCGUCUGGCCUGGCCGGGCAGCCUCCGACGCUGCCGACAUCUGCCCGGGAUGGGACGCGGCCGCCCCCAGGGCAGGACAGGCCACGGGGUCCCCCGGUGGGGAUGCUCCCGGCGUGUCCCCCCCCCUCCGCUGCCCCGUUUUGCCCCCGUUUCGCCCCCGUUUCGCCCCCCACCCGGUGCAGGCGGCGGCACGGGAGCUGGCGCACGCGGCCGACAGCUGCGGGGUGGCAGCGUGCCCUGCCCGCCGUGGCCGUGACUCAGCGCCAGGGGGAAACCCGGCCAGCCGCGGGGUCCGGGGGGGUCCCCAGGGUUCUGUGCACCCCCCGACCGCUGCUCCCCUCUUGCAGCUCUUCGCCAUCUUCGCGUUCGGGGCGUGCGGCUCCUUCAGCGGCGAGACCGGGGCGACGGUGAAGUGCAACGGCGAAACCAAGGAGAUGAGCGCCAUUUCCGUGCAGUUCGGGUACCCCUUCAGGUUAUACCAGAUCCCCUUCGAGAUGCCGGACUGCGAGGGCGAAUCUGAGACCCGGACCCUGCACCUCGUCGGUGACUUCUCCGCCCCCGCCGAAUUUUUCGUGACCCUGGGGGUCUUCUCUUUCCUCUACGCCAUGGCGGCUCUGGUGCUCUACCUGCGCUUUCAUUCCCUCUACGGCGAAAACAAGAAGCUCCCCUUCGUGGAUUUCUGCGUCACCGUCUGCUUCGCCUUCUUCUGGCUGGUGGCGGCGGCCGCGUGGGGCAAGGGGCUGAGCGACGUGAAGGCGGCCACGCGCCCCUCCAGCCUCAUCGCCGCCAUGAGCGUGUGCCAGGGCCAGGACGUGGUGUGCAACGCGGGCGCCACGCCGGCCAUGGGGCUGGCCAACAUCUCCGUGCUCUUUGGCUUCAUCAAUUUCCUGCUGUGGGCCGGGAACUGCUGGUUCGUGUUCAAGGAGACGGCGUGGCACGCGCAGGCUGCGCCCCGCGACAGCGCGGCCGAGCAGGGAGCCAUCGACAAGCAGUAGCCGCCCCGG